AUGCAUUAUCUGCUGAGGAAGUCAUUGUGCCCAGUUGAUUAUUGCUCUAUUGGAUGGGCUGCAGCAAUUAAAGGUGCUAGCACCUUGAAUUGUGAAAAACCAAGUCUUCAACCUACACCUGAACCUGCUAUUGAUAGUCAGAAGCCACAUGACGAGAAGCCAAUGAUUUUAUUUGAAACGUCUGAUGUUCCUGAUACAGUUAUUGUCAAGCAACCUAGCCCUCCAGCUAUACUUGCAGAGGUGCAAGACUUAAUCUCUGCAGAGCCACCUCUAACGACCGAAAUACACGACACAAUGGAUAGUUCUUUGCAAGAUAGUUUGCUUCAGCCAGAAUCUCCAAUGGAGCUGCACAUAUCAACAAGUAUGAUGGAUACAUUCUUGAGACUGGCUAAAUCGAAUACCUCAAAAAAUCUGGAGACUUGUGGUAUUCUUGCCGGUUCACUUAAGAACAGAAAAUUCUAUAUUACAGCUUUGAUAAUUCCGAAGCAGGAAUCAACAACCGAUACCUGUCAGGCGACAAAUGAAGAGGAGAUAUUUGAAGUACAAGACAAAAGAUCGCUUUUCCCAUUGGGAUGGAUUCAUACUCAUCCCACACAAUCAUGUUUCAUGUCAUCAGUUGAUGUUCAUACCCAUUACUCAUAUCAGGUCAUGUUGCCUGAAGCUGUUGCAAUUGUAAUGGCACCAAGAGAUAGAAACAAAACUCAUGGCAUUUUCCGAUUGAACCCUGGUGGCAUGUCGGUUAUUAGACAUUGUGAGCGGCGUGGAUUUCAUUCACAUGAACAGCCUGCUGAUGGCGGACCCUUAUACAAACAAUGUACAGAUGUAUAUAUGAAUCCCAAGUUGAAGUUUGAUGUUAUUGAUCUUAGAUGAUUAUUGUUGAAUUGCAUUAUUUUUUCCCCUUCCCCCAUUUCUGGAUAGCCGAAGGCAUUGUGUUUCACUCUGGCUUUGUAAUUGUCAGAUAACAGUACAUAUUGUAAAAUGAAAAAGAAAUAGAUGCAUUUUGAUUUUCUUGUGUACUGGCAGUUGUAUUUUGUAAGAUGUGAUAAUUCAAACAUAACUCAUUGUAUAAAUAAUGACAAUAUCAUUUGGUUUUCCAAAUUAAUACAAUACUUGAACCAGAAACUAUA